GCGCCGGCUGCCAAAGCCGCCUGUCGCUGGGGCUGCGUCUGACUUCUUCUUCUUCUUCUUCGCCGGCGCUCUUGCUCCGGAGCUCCGGGACGCUGCAACAUGAGCGCCGCCGGGAAAACGCUUCUCCCUUCUCCCGUCUCGGCUCAGCCUCGGCUCGCCUCCGCUGGGCGCUCGGUGGAUUAAAGUGCUCCCUUGGCGGCUGCUGCUGCUAUUGCUACUACUACUCCUACUACUCCUACUCCUGCUGCUGCUGCUACCAACUCUGGACCAAGGGUUUUAUUAUUGGCUGGGCCUAGCGAAGCACAACGGGGUCCUGAUGGGUGACUCGACAUCGAGGCGGUCAAUUAUUGUCUCUCGUUUGCCAAUAUUCCGGAGAAGUAUUAACCGAAGACAUGAUUCCCUCCCAUCAUCACCUACUUCCAACAGUACCGUUGGCGUUCACAGUUCUUCUCCUUCUAGCACCAACUCUAGCUCAGGUAGCACAGGCAAACGCAGAAGCCUCUUCAGGACACCGUCCAUUAGCUUCCAUCACAGAAAGGGGAGUGAUCAGAAGACAGAGUCUUCGUGCCAGAAUGUGGGUGUUUUGAACGGCGCCCAGUCAGGCCACAACACUUUGCAAAAGCUCGGUUUGGAGGAAAACGUGAAGAAUAGAAGCAGACAUUCUGUCGGUUUCGGAAGUUCUCGAAGUAAAAAGAUCACAAGGUCCUUGACGGAGGACUUUGAAAAGGGGAGGGAGCCCUCGACCAACAAGAACGUUUUCAUAAAUUGCAUAAGUUCUGGGAAGAACGAAGGCGAUGACUCUGGCUUCGCAGAGGCCCAAAGCAAGUCUUCUGUUAAACAUUCCUCAAGGAAGCUUCUCCCCAAGUCAUUCUCGACACACUACAGAUUCUCAAAGCCGGUCCCUCAGAGUCAAUCGGUUUCCUGCGUUCAACAACCAUCUUCCUGUUUGCUGGAGAUUAAAUCGAACGUUGAAACUGAUCCCGUGUCUGCAAAAUCUUCCCCUUCGGAAUGUAUAGGUAGCUCUUUGCUUUCCGCCGAUUUGACAACUGUGCAGACACCAUCCGAGUUUUUAGCGUUGACUGAGGAUUCGGUUUCGGAGGUUGAUGGGCUGCCUGCCUGUGGAAACUUGCACCCAGAAACCUUGGCCCACAAUGUGUCUACCUCUCAAACCUUUGCUGCUUCUCCUCUUUCAAGGAAAACAAACCUUACAGAGAGUGUUUCCCCUUCUGCUGAAACUUACAGGGCUAGAAAUGUAUUGCUCACUGAAGCCAGUGCUUUCUCGGAAAUCCUUGAGUCAAACCGAAAGCAUACAAAAGUAUUAUUGCCAGAGUUCUUUGCUAAACAGACCAGCUAUCCAGAAGAUGUCAACUCAGGAGCUAAAGCACAACUAAAAACCUUUGUCUUAAACCAGGGAGAAGUAGUUGAAAGUUCUCCAAAAGCACAGAGAUUACAGAGGGACCAACAAAAAGGAAGAGUAUCGGAACAUGUCAGAGAAGUCUUUCCAGGCAUCGAGUCUAAGAUCACUCCUUUGUCUUCUGAACCUCAGUCUUUUCAAACACAGCAGCCAAGUGACAUAAACCAUGCCAAGGUGAAUCUUCCCAAUAGUUUUAGUCCAUUUCGAGAAGGAAGAUUCAUAGAAAAGCGUUUAAGGUCCUCUUCGGAAGGCACUGCUGGGAACAGUCGGAUGAUCCUAAAGCCAAAAGAUGGAAACCCAGAAGACAUAAAUUGUUUAAGGAAACAGAGAACGAGUUCCUCCUCAUCUAAAAUGAAUAGUUUGGAUGUAUUGAAUAACCUGGGCUCCUGUGACCUGGAUGAAGAUGACCUGAUGCUUGAUUUGGAAUUCCUAGAAGAUCCGCAGCAUCGACAGUCUGUUUGCCGGGAAGAUUCUCAUCAGUCGAUCGUCUCCUGUGCUGCUACCCUACUUACUCCUGUUGAAUCAGCUGAAAACAAGAAAAAGGAAUUUCCCCAAAUGCCUGAAGUGACUAAACAGAACCUUUCUCUUAAGUUAUCCAAGGAAGUGGAUCGAGGGGAAGCCCGAUGUCCUCGCCUGAAUCAGCUGGCCAACAGCCCAUCUAUAGAAUGGCCCUUUGCAGCCAUGGAGGAAGGUGGCGGCCUGGAAUCUCUGCCCUUCCGGCUGAUGAUGCAAGACUGCACAGCAGUAAAAACAUUGCUAUUGAAAAUGAAGAGGGUUCUUCAAGAGAGCUCAGAUAUGAGUCCUGCCACCAGUACCAACUCACUUCCUGUUAGCCCACUUACCGAGGAGCCAUUGCCAUUCAAGGAUAUAAUGAAAGAUGAAUGCUUGACUCUGAAACUGCAACUAAAGGAGAAAGAGGAACUCAUUUCCCAACUUCGUGAAGAGCUGGAAAAAGCUCGGCAUUUACAGAGUGUGCUUGUCUCUCAAGUAGAUAAAUCCACACAGACUGAAGUUGUAGGCCACGAUGCUACAUACCUAAACAAAAUGGUGAGCCAAACUCUCAACACAAAGGACAAAAGAUCAGUACAUACAGUCACAGAGGACCAUUUUAGAUAUUUGCCAGGCAACCAAGCCACAUCCUGUGAAAACAAAAACUGCCAGUUGUCAAGUGUCUGUCUUGGCAACCUCCUGAAGGAGAAAGAAAUAGCGGAAGUUAUCAAGCAUACAAGAGACUCUUAUGAAGCCCUCCCUUCUGAGGUGAACCACAACGGCUUAACAGGAGUUGUGCAAAACGUGUCAAAAUCAACAGCCAAGGCUGAUACCGGCGCCAUUUUUCCAGGCCCUUCAAAAGAUCAACCUUUGCUGAGUCGACAACCCUCUACCUUCAUAGGAAGGCUUGGACAACCCCCAAGAGGACCAAUCUCUUUGCACAUGUACAGCAGGAAAAACGUGUUCCUUCACCACAAUCUUCACACCUCUGAACUUCAGACUUUAGGCCAGCAAGAUGGGUAAAGAGAGUCAGUAUUUAUUCAGGUGGACAAUUUAACUGACUUCGAUUCUUCUCAGCUGCUGCUACCCAUUUGUUUUACCUUUUAUAACGGUUAUUUCUGAAAUUGGAGCUGUUCCUGUAAAAUAAA